ACAUUCAGUCAUCAAACUGACCAGAUCAAAGCAAAUCUGUGAUUGAAUUGUUUCAACCUGUCCAGCUCUCCUAACAUGAAGACGUUCACCGUUGCCAUCGCUGUGGCCCUCGUGUUCACUUUUAUCUGCAUCCAGGAGAAUUCAGCUGUCACUGCGACCGAGGCUCCUGAACUCACGGAGGUGCUGACUGAUGAUGGAACACUCACUGCAGACCACGACAUGCCAGAAGAAUCCUGGAAUGCGCAGUAUGACUCGGUCCAGAUGCGCCGCCGUCGUCGUCGCUGCCGUUUCUGCUGUGGCUGCUGUCCAAACAUGAUCGGCUGUGGAACCUGCUGCAAAUUCUGAGGAGUCCUGCCACCAGCCUGCAAACACUUGAACCAUUACAGAGAUGUAUUUAUUUCACAGAUAAAGUAGUUCUGCUGUUUAAACUGUUAUAUCAUUUGAAUACAAAUAAUUAUUCUGAUUUGACUUGUGAACAAUUUUUCACAAUAAAAGUAAUUCUUACCAGCAAAUGUGUGCAGUUUUUCUAUAUAAAUCAC